GUUUUACCAGCAGAUGUAGAGUUCAGUGUCCAAUAUUUAAGAUAUGGAGAUAAAAAUUGGAAAAUAGCAAAAGAUUGCCAGAACACUAGUACGCUAUACUGCAACUUAACAAAGGAGAUUAUCAAUGAUGAGGAAGACUUUAUGGAACACCAGUAUUAUGGGAGAGUUAGAGCAUUGUCACAAUAUUGUUCCUCAGAAUGGGUUAUAUCAAAUAGAUUAUGCCCCAGAGAAGAUACCCAUUUUAGCCAACCAGAACUGAACUAUAUUCAGGAUGUCCACUCCGUAAAAAUCUUUGUACAAGCACCGUCAGUACAAAAUAUUGAAGAGAUAUAUAGUAAUGAAGUUGAAUAUCACUUGAGUUUGUCCAAGCCAGAGAAGCAGGAAUUGUUGGAAAGGACACAGGACAACAAUAUAUUUGAGUUUUCUGGCUUGAGUCCUGACACCAAAUUCAAUGGAAGUGUUUAUAUUCUGAUCAGCAAGGAGAAAAAAAGUGAAACUCUGGAUUUUGUGGUACAAACACUCCCAGACAGUUUACCAGUGACCCUGAUUGUGUGCGCUUUUGUUACCUCUGCUUGUCUGUUAGGCGCUGGCGUAAUCUUCCUGGGUUACAAAUAUGCCAAAAAAACUGAAAAAACUCCAGGCUCAUUGGUUUUUGGAAGCACGCAAGCUGUCCAGCCAAUGAAGCCAUCAAUGGAUAAAGUGAUCAGUUUUCCCAUUAGUAAUCCCUCCUGUCUGAUACAUUUUACACCAUUAAUGCCUGUCAGAAGUCCUCAUACAGCACUUGACAAUAAAGGUCAAACUGUUUACAACAAUCACUUUCAGAAUCACACAACCAUCAGUGAGCAAGUGCUUAAGUGCUCCAUGCCAUCCUCAUAUUGUCCCCAGCCACAGAGAAAUCUUACAGAUUAUGGAUUGUUUGAGGAUAAGACUGAGUUGGAAACCAUAGUUAAACCAUACCUCACUAAUAAUACAAUAUCAGAAAUGAGGGAAUACAAACAGACUCAUGUACAAAUUGAGCCUUCACCAGUAAUUUACCAAUCACCAGAGAUUCCAGAGAAGGUGGAUAAUGACAUUUUGUGGCCGUUUUUAAAUGGAACUUUCUUGUUAACAACCGUCAAGGUCUCAGAUGAUACGGAUAAUAUGGAUUCAGAGACACUGAUGGAACAAAACGAGGAUCCGAACACCAUUAUGUUAUCAGACACAAGCACUCAUGAUCCACUUAUUGAUAUCUUCAGAGAAGAACAAGCCAUAGAGGACUCUUCUUUAAUGAUGCUCAUAGACAGACCAUAUUCUUUACAGUGUCAAAACAAGAACUUGCACUCUGAGACACUUGAGAGCUGUACCAGACAGGAACUGUAUAUGACACAGCACUUUGUUGCAGAUUAGACUAUAUAAAAAAUGCCAUCUUAAAGGGAUAGUAACGUCAAAAUGAAACGUCCAUGAUUCAGAUAGAGCAUUCAAUUUAAAACAAUUUUCCAUUAUACUUUUAUUAUCAAAUUUAGUUUUCUUUCUUAUAUUUUGUUGAGGAGUAAACCUAGGUAGGCUGAUAAGAGUUUACAAGCAAAUGUCUAUAGCAUGCUAUGGCAGCAGUUGUAUUUUUACAAACACUAAUUCCAGACAGAUAAAGAUACGUGCACGAUCCUGAGCUCACUAAGGAUUACUAUUUAACAAAUAAUAUCAAGAGAACUAAGCAAAAUUUAUACCACAAGAACAAUGGAAAGUCGUUUAAAAGUGUUAUGUUUUAUCAGUCCAUUUAAGUUUAAUUUUGAUUUUAAGAUGAUAGAACCUUUAUAUGUUUGUUCUUAUGAUUUGAACAAAAUGACAAAUGUAUUUAUGUAUAUAAAAAUAUAUUUUAACAGCUUUUUUUUGGUUUAACUGCAUUUUUAAAUAGAUUUACACACGUAAGAGAUGUUUAUCUUCCCAUGAAUUAGGUUAUCAAACUGACCUAACACCUACAGAUUGUUUCUAGUUCAUUAAUCUAUAAUGACUUCCUCAAUAAGUGCCAUAUAAUUAUAGUUGUCUUUUUGUAUUAUUGUAUCUAUUUAAGCCCAGGGUAUUUACUGUAUAUUGCUAAGUGGUAAUAGGAAAAUAUAAAUGUUUCAGAAGGAUUUAGACAUAAGUAAUAUAAUAACUUCUUUCUUCUAAUGUGAAAACAUGUGUUAUUAAAAGAUUAAAGGGAUAUGAAACCCAAAAUAUUUCUUUCAUGGUUCAGAUAGAUCAUGUGAUUUUAAACAACUUUACAGUUUGCUUCAUAGAAACAUAGAUUUUGACUGCAGAUAAGAGCCAUAGGCCUAGCAAGUCUGCCCUAUAUUUCCUUAAAGUAUAAAUGUAUCUAGUAUGUAGGAUAGCCUAAUGCUUGUCCCAUGCAUUCUUAAAGUCCCCCACAGUGUUUGUCACUACUACCUCUUGUGGAACUUUAGUCCAUGAAUCAAUCCCUCUUUCUGUAAAGAAGUGGUUCCUCAAAUUACUCCUGAAUCUACUACCCUUUAGCUUGAGAUCUUGAAUAUUUCUUUUAAUGUAAAAUACUAACUUGUUUAGCUUUACUAAGCCCUUUAACAUACUUGAAAGUUGCUAUCAUAUCACCUCUUUCUCUUAUCUCCUCUAAGCUAUACAUAUUUAGGUCAUUGAGCCUCUCCUGGUAAGUUUUAUUUUUUAGACCAUGUACCAUUUUGAUAGCCCUCCUUUGCACAGAUUCAAGUUUGUUAAUAUCCUUCUGAAGAUAUGGCCUCCAGAACUGCACACAAUAGUCAAGAUGAGGCCUAACUUAUGAUCUGAAUGUAAGUUAAGAUGCCGGUCUGUUUUUGGUGAACAACCUGGGUUGUUCAUGCUGAUUGGUGGAUAAAUUCACCCAGCAAUAAUCAAGUGCUGUCCAUUGUCUUGAACCAAAAAUUGCCUGGCUCCUUAGCUUUUUCAAAGCAAACUGAUAUUACAAGUACAUUGGAAAGUCAUUAAAAAGUAUUGUUUUAUUAGUCCAUUUAAGUUUAAUUUUGAUUUUAAGAUGAUAGAACCGUCAUAUGUUUGUUCUUAUGAUUUGAACACAAUGACAAAUGUAUUUAUGUAUAUAAAAUAUAUUUUAACAGCUUUUGUUGGUAUCUUUGCAUUUUUAACUAGAUUUAAACACAAAAGAGAUGUUUACCUUCCCAUGAAUUCGGUUAUCAAACUGACCUAACAGCUACAGAUUGUUUCUUGUUAAUUUAACUAUAAUUACUUCCUCAAUAAGUGCCAUAUACUUAUAGUUGUCUUUUAGUAUUAUUAUAUCUAUUUCAGCCCAGGGUAUUUACUGUAUAUUGCUAAGUGGUAAUAGGAAAAUAUAAAUGUGUAGUUGUUAUAUAUUAUAUUACGUUUGUGUAUGGGCUUAUCAUGGUAGUUUAAAAGAAGAUUAUCGCAUAUCAUGUGGCUGGUAAUUUACAUGUGGAUGUAAAGGACCAGUAAAUACAGUAGAUUUGCAUAAUCAACAAAUGCAUGAUAAAAAGACAAUGCAAUAGCACUUAGUGUGUAUUUUAAAUGAGUAGUAGAUUUUUUUCUGACAAGUUAUGUCUAGUUCCACUCCUCCUGUGUCAUAUGACAGCCAUCAGCCAAUCACAAAUGCAUAUACAUAUUUUGCACAUGCUCAGUAGUAGCUGGUGACACAAAAAAGUAUAAAUAUAAAAAGACUGAGCACAUUUUGUUAAUGGAAGUAAAUUGGAAAGUUGUUUAAAAUUGCAUGCUCUAUCUGAAUCAUGAAAGUUUCAUUUUGACUUGAGUGUCCCUUUAAGGACAGCCUAUGACAGUGCUGCUAACAUGUAUGUGGCCUUAGAGAAAGCUUUUCACAGUGCUGCUAACAUGCGCAUAAGUCUGUGGGUAAGAACAAAGUAUGAGGCCAUUAGUAUGCACUUAGUCUUAGAAUAAGGGCCCAAUGCAAAGCCAAUGGGAAGGGCUUUGUACAUGGCUGAUGUGCACAGGCCUAGCUUGAGAUAAAGAGAUAUUUAUGGAAUAAUAUAAAGGGAUAACAGUGACACGUACAGGGCUACAGUCUGAAGCAUUUCUAUACAUUUUAAAAAGCCUAGAACUCAAUAUUGCUGCUGAACCAGUCAAUUAAUCAUUAUUUCCUACCAUUUAAUGAGGAUUUAAAAUAGUAUAUACUUUUGAUACAAAUGCCAUCGCUUCUGUUGUCUCAUUUGACAGAUGUUAUUGAUAAGUACCACAACAUCUACAUUUCCUACAGAUAACACCAAAAAAGGCAGUAAAGGAGCCUAAAUAUUGCUAGAAAUCUCUAAUGAACCUGUGGCAACGUUAAAUUUAAUCUAUAUAUAUAUAUAACAAGUUUUUGUUGGCGGAUGUAUAUAACAAGCUAUGAUGUUUGUUUAUCAAGGUUUUUUUUUUUUUAUCUAAAUGACCAUUAAAUAAAUUAAACACAUGGAUAAAUUACUGAAGUGCCAAAACAAAGUUUAAAGCAUGUCAUUGUUGCUAACUAAUUUGAAGAAUAUUGUUUAUAAAGAAUUUUCAUGCAUCAUUUGUUUGUUUUGAAACAAACUGGUAAAUUCAAUUUGUUUUCUUUACAACUGGAUGUCUUUAAGCAUUCUUUAAAUAACUUCUUUCUUCUAAUGUGAAAUAAAGGUGUUUUUAAAAGAUUAAAGGGAUAUAAAACCCAAAA